AUGUAUCAACAACAACAGAUCCUGUCUCGAGUCAUUGACCUGGCUAAGAACCCAAGAGUUCAAGUCACUGCUGCAAUCCUUUUUGCCUUUAAGUCGCUAGGAUACUGGAAUGCUUGGUAUACCAAGAGGAAGGUCAACAACCAUGUCAGCGACCCUUCAUGGGAUUGGAGCCGUGAAAUCGUGGUUGUCACCGGAGGGAGCAGUGGAAUUGGAGCUGCUAUAGUGUCGAAGUUUGCCGAAAAAGGUAUCAAGGUUUUGAUCCUGGAUCGGAUCCCUCCCGCCACGAAAUUGGUCCCAAAUACAUACUUCUACAAGAUCGACCUCACGGAUUCGGAAGCCAUAUCAUCGGUUUCUGACCAGAUCCGAGAGGAUCACGGCAACCCGACUGUUCUGAUCAACAAUGCUGGAUUCGCAGAACUUACAUCUAUACUUGACUCCUCAGAGUCUUACCUCAGAAAACUCUUUGAUGUAAACCUCCUCGCUCCCUACCUCCUCACUCAGCAGUUCCUCCCCAGCAUGGUCAAACGAAAUCACGGUCAUAUUGUCAACGUCGCUAGCCAGGCAUCCUUUGCCACGCAAGCGACGAAUGUGGCAUAUGGAUCCACAAAGGUCGGCCUACUGGCGUUCCAUGAAGGCCUUGGCCAGGAGCUGAGAUACAUCUACAAAGCCCCUCGCGUUCGCACCAGGACAGCCAUGACAGCAGAGAUGGUCGCAAAGGGAAAACUGAAGGAUACAGUUACGCCGCCCGAGGUUGUCGCUGACAGAAUUGUCAAUCAGGUAAUUUCUGGCUUUGGUGCACAGAUCAUUGUGCCUUCGAACUUGUGGUGGACUUCGUUGAUCAGAGGACUACCAGGAUGGCUUCAAGAGUCAUUGCGAAAUCAGGUCACGCUCGUUUUGAUCAACGCCAUGGGCAGUGGACCUAAGUAA